AUUACUUCACUACACCUACAAGUAAAACAUUAACCAUGAAGAAAUAUAAUUUCUCUCAAAAACAAUUAUUGAUCUGGUUACUGAUGUUGGACUACGAUUAUUUUGAACACAGCUGUAACAACGUUGUGAGAGAAUGUACCAGAGUGGAAGUUAUCUGCAACGUUGCCUCCUCAGUUCAAUUCAAUUUAAUUUCAAUUUUUUGUAUAGCGCUUUUAACAAUAUACAUUGUCGCAAAGCAACUUUACACAAUCAAAAGAAUUAUUUAACUUUGUAUGAAAUGUGAAUGUGUAUAAAUCAAAAUGAUUGUCCCUGAUGAGCAAGCUGAGGACGACGGCGACAGUGGCAAGGUAAAACUCCCUGAGUUGGCAGUAGGAAGAAACCUUGAGAGGAACCUGACAGCCAUUGCCCAGCAUCUUAUCUCGUCUAGAUUCUUCUCUCACCUGUUUUUCAGCUGAAGUUCAGGCCUUCAGAACUGCAUGAACAUGGCUGACAAAUGUAUGUCAUACUCCUCGGUGUUUGUAGUGGACAGCGGUACCAUAUCUCCCCCCCCACUGCCUCCUAAACCAGGAUUAACACGGAUGAAGACCCGGAGGAACCAUCUGGUCCAGAAAACGCUCAUUGUGCUGGUGCUCCUGUCUUUCUGUGGCUUAGCAGUGGAGGGAUAUUUCAUCUACAAUCUUUACAUAAAUGGUGAUCAGCCCAAAACUGCAGCAGAGCAAGGAGACCAUAUAAACCCAAUACCUGUCACCAGGAAGCCAAAGCCACCAACAAUCCUGGUGCCGCCAAAACCUCUGGCACAUCUGGCAGCUCGUAAUAACCCUGAAAAUGAAGGAAUCAUGAAAUGGAAUGACGAUGGACAGUCCCUCCUUUAUAAGCUUGAAUACAGAGAUGGAAAGCUGAUCAUUCAGGAAGGGGGCUACUACUAUGUGUAUUCUAAGCUUACCUACGGUGCAGAAGGCCAUUUUUCCCAAACGGUGGAAAAGAACACAACACGCUACCUGGGAGGUUCCAUCAAGCUCCUCGAAUACCGAAGACACGAUUUAAACUCGGCCAACAAGGGUAGUAUGAGGAACAGCUACCUUGGUGGGGUCUUCCAUCUGUACAAGGGUGAUGCUGUUUUUGUUCAUGUGAAGAAAGGCUCUUCGGUGAAUCUGUCUAAUGCAGCUAACAACUUUUUCGGCAUGUUUAUGCUGUAGAAUGAAUUUACAGUGGAUAUGUAUUUAUAACCAUAGGUGCCAUCUUCAUGGGUGCUCUGGAGUUUAAGAAAUCCUGAUGUUUAGGAUUUAAAUAUUCCAUCCAAAAAAGUAAGACACUCUAAUAUUGCAUUUGAUUAACUAUUGAUUUCAGCAGUCAGUAUGGUGGCCACUUUAUCAUAAUAUCAGGGGAAAAAAAAUUCAUAGAUGUGUUAAUCUGGACAUUCAGUAGACUGAGGUCAUCAGCCGACUUUUUUCUAUUCCCACAUAAUGUAUACUGUAGUGGCCACUAUGCAUGAUGGGCGCAUCACUUAAUGCGCUUCCAGUCUUACCCUGAACCAAACAUCUCUCUGGAAUCUGGAAUCAUCAGACCACAUGACCUUUUUCCAUUGCUCCAAAGGCUCUAACAGGUUGUUUCUUAUGCACACAUCUGUUUAGCCCCAAUUCUGUAAGUUCUCAUUACAUUGUGUUUGUAGAAAUUAUUUUACUUUCAAUAUAAACACAGAUUUCUACAGUAUGUUAAAUGUUUUUAAUGAUGUAACUUCAUCAAGUGUUUAAGUAAUCUUGACCACACUUCUCCUGCUAAGUUGAUGGUUCGGCACAGUGUUUCCAAUUUAACAAUAGAUUUGACAGUUCUCAUCCCAAAUUCAGUACUUGUUUUCUUUGUUUGGGCAAAAAUUUGACUAUUGAAAUGAAGACUUUAUUUGGGGAGGCAGUGUACAUCAGGCUUUUGAAUUAUCAGGUAGACUUAAUGUUCUGUUAACCCUGGGGAAAUUUUCCCAAACAGAACAGUGCAGUUCAACCUGUUUUUUGGAAACACUUUUUCCUGAAAAAGUAGCAGAACAAGGCUUGAGCCGUGAAACUUUACACAGUGUUAAUCAAGAUUGCAAACACUUCUCUAACUGAA